CUUUGACGCUGCAGCAAUAAGCACCUAGCAUACAGGCUAAAUGUGGAAAACUGGUAAAUUGGCACUUUUUAAACCAAUUGUUUUGACAAUUCUUUCCAUAACUUUGCUCGCUUAUAUGAAGACACUCGGGACAGACACUCUUUCUUGAGUUUACCAAUACUCGUGUCAAGAUUUAUGUAUUAUUUAUUAUUUUUUUGGCGUGUACAUCACAGCUGCCUGGGGGAAAUACAGCAGUCGAGCCCGGCUGCCUGCAGCUCUAGCGUCAGCCAGUAGAUCCAGAGAGGGAUGGAUCCUCUGGGCGCUCGCUCCCAGUUCGUGGACAUCCAGACUCUCCCCACGUGGCAGCAGCAGCAGCUGGAGGAGGAUGGAGAGGAGACGCCACUGGACCAGAUCGACAGCCUGCUGAGCCAGGAGGCCUUCCCCUCGCCCUUCCCCUUCAGACCCGACAUCAACCGCAAGAUCUUCCUGUUCUGUGGUGAUGUCGCCCUGCUGAACUGCACGGCCAUCGUGAACACCAGCAACGAGUCGCUAAACGACAAGAACCCCGUGUCCGACAGCAUCCAUCGGCUGGCAGGCCCCGAGCUGCAAGACGAGCUGCUCAAACUCAAAGGAUGUCGGACAGGCGAGGCGAAGCUGACUAAAGGCUUCAACCUGGCGGCGCGGUACAUCGUCCACACGGUGGGACCAAAAUAUAAAUCCAAGUACAGGACAGCGGCGGAGAGCUCCCUGUUCAGCUGCUACAGGAACACCAUGCAGCUGGCUGCAGAGCAGUCGAUGGCAUCUGUUGGUUUCUGUUUGGUGACAACGACCAAAAGAGGUUACCCACUGGAGGACGCUACUCACAUCGCUUUCAGAACUGUGCGCAGGUUCCUGGAGAAUCAUGGGAACAGCCUGGAGGCGGUGGUGUUUGCAGUUUCAGACACAGAGGAGCCCGUGUACAAGAAGCUGCUGCCUCUGUACUUCUCUCGCUCAGAGGUAGAGGAGCGGUGCAGCCUCCCUCUCAUUCCCGCUGACAUCGGCAACUCUGAGGGGGAGCCCGUCGUUCCCGAGAGACAGAUCCGCAUCGCAGAGAAACCCGGCACUCUAGAAGAUGAUUCAGAAGAGGAGAGUCUGGAGUCAGAUCUGGGUCAGGUGGGGACUCACGCUUUCGCCCGGAUGGAGGGUGACGUGGACAAACAGCGGAAACAGAUCCUGCAGGGCCAGAUGUCCGACAUGGCCCUGCAGAAACAGCACCAGAGGAAUUACAAUCGCUGGCUGUGUCGGGCGAGAGCGGAGGAUCUGUCCGACGUCGCUGCUCUGAAAGCUUUAUAUCAAACCGGGGUGGACUUGUGUGGCAGGACGGUAAUGGUUCUGGUUGGACGGAACAUACCGGUGACUCUGAUCGACAUCGAAAAGGCCCUGCUGUACUUCAUCCACGUGAUGGACCACAUCACAGUGAAGGAAUAUGUGAUGGUUUACUUCCACACGCUGACCGGAGAGCACAACCACCUGGACUCAGAGUUCCUCAAGAACCUCUACGACAUCGUGGACGCCAAGUUUAAGAAGAAUUUGAAGGCCUUCUAUUUUGUACAUCCAACAUUUCGCUCUAAGGUCUCAACGUGGUUCUUCACCACCUUCAGCGUGUCGGGGAUGAAGGACAAAGUGCGCUACCUGGACAACCUGCAGCAGCUCUUCACCUGCAUCAAACCCGAGCAGAUCGACAUCCCUCCGUUCGUCCUGGAGUAUGACGCACGGGUGAACGGGCUGCACCAUCCCUCCCAGUCCUCCAGUCUGUGACAGGAGAGCGAUCCCAGCUAACGAGACGUCUUCAGCUCGUGAAGUGGAAACCGUUCAGGGAGAUGGCGCGGGCUGAACUCCUGACCUCCUGGAGGCUCUGACCCUUUGUUGGGAAGCUCUCCUUUUGUUCUGUUUCUGCCAAAAGGACACAUUUAGCAGCCUAUGGUCGGCCGAGCGCUCGCUCUCUCCCUCCACAGUCUAUUUCUGGAUCUGGUUUCUGGGUUACGCCAAGACUCAAACCUCCCCAAAGAUGAAGUCUCAUGUGAAGCCUCAAAGCGGUUUCCAGCGUGUGGUCGUAUCAGACGUCUGCGCUCAGAAUAUCGUCAGACUUUUUGAAAUGCUGGAGUGAGAUGACGUCUGUCUAAACUUCCACAUCCAGUUUCUCUCUCGCUGAAGCUGAAGAACAUCUUCUGUUAAAAACAGCCUCUGUUUUUUCCUGCAGUCACAAUCAGGAAACCCCGGGGGAGAAACAUUCUGUCUAUUUAACCUUAGCUAGGUAACAUAAAAUCAACGUUGUAUCACAAAAAACAGCCCCGUUUAUCCAUUUAGCAACUCUGAAGAAUUCUCUGCAUCUUGGAAACUACAGCUAUCGGUGUACUUGCCAUUAAUUAGAUAAGUAGAUCUUCAACACUCAUCUUUGUUUGCUACAUACACACUUUUGACUUUUGUUUUGAACGAGUUACUCACACAAGCUGUAGGUCUGUGAGCUGUGAAGGUGCUGGUAGGUUCUGAGCUUUACGUUUAUGCUCAGAUAUGAACGUGGUAUCCCUCCUCACAUCUCACUCUUGGUAAAAGAGCAAAUAAACAAACCUCACAACGCUUCUAAUCCAGACCGUUUUAAAGUACAGCUGCUCAUUUGUUCUUGCAGGAAGUUUGUUAUUUCUCACGUUGUGGUGCGUCUGGAAGGCAGCAGUAUACUUUUGGUUUACCCUCCUUUUUGUCACUAAGGUUUAUCAAAGAAGCACUGAAACAUAAAUCAAUGUGUGAAGGAAUCGUCAAGGAUUUCUUUCAGUUUCUGAAAUAUUUUGCUGCUUUGUUUAAUAUCGGCACAUUUUGAACACAUUUGGUUGCACAGAAUCACCGGGCUCUCUGGGAACUUACCAUGUGCAUUUCUCACUUUAUAAGAAGUUGAUAAGUUCAACAGUUGUCUGAUGUUUUUGCUUUCCCAUUGCCCCUAAAUCUUAUUUUUGUCCUCUGAAAUGCUGGCUAAUUUCAGCUGCUUCCUCUGACAUGCACUUUUGUGUGUGCCUGCUUUUUUAAAGGGGUCCUAUUAUGCAGGUUUUCCCUUUCCUGUAGAGUGUUAUAUUUGUUUUUGUGUGCAUGUAAAUGGCAAUCACAACAGAGCCAACCAGCUGACCAAUCAGAGCAGACUAGGCUCUGGUUUAAGACAGAGGGUGAAAAAUAAAGAGCUUUUUAAACAUUAAAGCUGGGAGACAUGUCCCAGUAGAGGCACACAUAUCACCCUGAAAUGGUGCAUCAUAGGGCUCCUUUAAACUCUUCAUCGUGUCUUAUUUUAUUUGCACUUUUUUACUUGUGUUCUCACAAAGCACAUUUAGUUUGAAUCACUAUGAGUGGUGGGUUUACCUCAUCAGGGUAAUUGCAAAUCAAUUCAACAAACAUUCCUCUGAUUGUGUAGGUAUUCAAUCGGUCGCCCCCCCCCCCCCCCCCUCCCUCCCUUCUGUCUGGUAUCCCAUGAUUCAACACAAUCACAUAAAUGUGUGUCUCUGUUGGGAGGAAUUCCACAUGCAGUCCUGCAGUCAAUCUGCAGCUCUUUAAAUCUCGUCCGCUCUGUCUGCCUCUCUCUCAGCUUUCUGUCCUCAAAUGAUCUGAAUCCUGACACAGAAGCAUCUGUGCACAGAGAUUAUCAUCAGAGAAAGGGCUUCUUAAACUUCAGUUUUUCUGAUUUUUGACGACUUUAAUCAGCCUUUUAUCUUUAAAUCUUGUUUUUCUAGAAGAAAUGAUAUGGAGGUGAGAUUAACCAAGUAAAGGUGAUAAUUAGUGAUUUUUCUCACCUCAUGCUUCUGAAAAUGAAGAUUUAAAUGCUGACUUGAACCAUGAGUUGUAAAAAAAAUGUAAUAAAUACAACUCUGGACCUGUUUCAGUCCCCUCCGUUAAAAAGACAGAACUGUGAUUAUUUUCCGAGGUUAUAAAAAUGUUGAGCCAAACUUUGACUUCCUGCAAAUGUAUAUAUUUUUUAUGAUUUGAAAGAGAUUGGAUGGGUUGGAUAAGCACCAGAUUUACAGUACGAUGCUGUUGUUGGUCAUUUGUAAUAUAUAUAUGCAUAUACACACUGAUUAAAAUGACUUUUUUCUUCUGUAAA